AUGAAAAAAGAAAAUAAUCUUCCUUCCCCCGGCGGGGAAUCAGAGCCACUAAAAGCCCUGAUUUUUGACCUUCUUUAUGACCAGUAUCGAGGAGUAAUUGUUUUCAUUCGAGUUUUUAGAGGGGAAUUAAAAAUCAAGCAAAAAAUUAAAUUUUACCGCCAUCAAAAAAUCUAUCAGGUGGAAAAACUUGGAGUAAAAACUCCCGCCGAGGAAAGUCCAAUUCCUUUGCCGGGUUAUCAAAAAUUAAAACCCAAUAUUUAUUCUAAUCUUUAUCCGAAUGAUAGUUUGAAAUUCAAUGAGUUUAAAAAAGCUUUGUUGGAAUUGCAGUUACAAGAUAGUUCCUUGACUUUGGAAAGUAUUGAAUCAAAUAUUUUAGGACCUGGUUAUUGUUGCGGCUUUUUAGGGCUGUUGCAUCGGGAAAUCAUUUGUGAACGGAUUAAACAAGAGUAUGAUUUGGAAUUAAUUCUUACUGAUCCCACGGUUAAUUAUCGGCUAAUUUUAAAUAAUGGGCAGAAGAUUGAAACUGCUAAUCCCCAAAAAAUGCCGGAAUUAAACCAAAUUAAAGAAUCCUUAUCGCAUGGAUUUGCCUCUUUUGAUUAUCAAUUUAUUGGUUUCCGGGCGGGAAAAAUUAUGCGAGUAGACAUUUUACUCAACCAGCAAUUAAUUCCCGAUUUAUCAUUUUUAGUUCAUCGCCAAUUUGCCGAAGCUAGAAGUCGAGAAAUUUGCUUGAAUUUAAAGCAAACCCUCAAUCGCCAAAAUUUUGUGAUCCCUAUUCAAGCUUGCAUUGGAAACAAAGUUAUUGCCCGAGAAACUCUUCCCGCUUUGCAAAAAAAUGUAACAGGCAAUUUAUAUGGCGGAGAUCGGACAAGAAAAAUGAAACUUUGGCAAAAACAAAAAAAAGGCAAAAAAAGAAUGCAAAGCUUGGGCAAAGUUUCUUUUACUGAAGCCUUAAUUUUAGAACAAAAUCUAAUUAAAAAAUACCAACCUCGUUUUAAUGUGCUUUUGCGGGAUGACUCUACUUAUCCUUACUUAAAAAUAACGGCUGAAACUAAUCCUCGUUAUUUAUUAACCAAAAAGAUUAAUCCGCGCCAAAAAGAUCUUUGUUUUGGGCCUUUUCCCGACGGAACCAAAGCCCGAGAAAUUUUGCAAAUUUUAGAAAAAGUAUUCCCUUUAGCAAAGUGUAAAGGUAAUUUAGGCCAACCCUGUUUAGAUUAUUCUUUGGGGCAAUGUUCUGGUCAUUGUUUUAAAGAAGUUGAAGAAAGAUAUUAUCAAACCACUAAGCAAAAAAUUGUUGAUUUUUUUCAGGGCAAAACCCACCAAGUUAAAAAAAAACUGCAAGCGGCUUUGCAAAAAAGUAUUGCUCGGCAAGAAUUUGAACUAGCCAAAAAGGAAAAAAAAAUAUUAGACAACCUUAAUUUUUUUGUUAGUGAGCAAAAUGUAGAAUUUCCCGACCAUCAAAAUUAUGAUUUUUUAGGUUUUUAUUCGCAAAAUAAUCAAUUGGCUUGUUUUUUAUUGCUUUAUCGUUAUGGUAAAUUGACCGCUCAUGAUGCCCGAAUUUUUAAAAUUCAGGAAAGUCUGGUUAGUGAAAAAGAAUUAUUGCAGUCUUAUCUUUAUCAAUUUUAUCAAAAAAAUCUUGCUCCAAAAGUGUUAUAUUUACCGCAAGAAAUCGGGGAUCAAGAAUUACUAACUGAGGAAUUAGGUUUUACUUGUCAAAUUCCCCGGCGGGGGAAAAAAAGAAAAAUUUUAGAUAUUGCUCAACAAAAUGCUCAGCAUUUAUGGCAAAAAAACCAGCUUGACAAUUUCCAAAAAAGUGAUAAACUCCAAUUGCUAGAAGAACUAGGCAAAUUAUUACAAAUCUCUACUCCUUAUUAUAUUGAAGUUUUGGACAUUUCUAAUCUAUUCCAACAGGACAUUGUGGCUGGUUUUUUAACUUGUAUUAAUGGAGAAAUCGAUAAAAAAAAGUCCAAGAUCUAUCGAUUAACUGCUAACGGAGGAAAGGGACAAGUCAAAGCCGUAUUAAAGGUUUUUCAAAAUUUAAAUUUAAAAACUCCUGUGAUUGGUCUAGUUAAAAAUGAAAAACACCAAACUGAAAAAAUUGUUACUAGUAAAUCACCAAGCACAAAAAUGCAACAAUUAGUUUUUCCCCCACGGGGAAUCGUUAAAAAUUUUCUUACUAAUUUACAAGUAGAGCAAGGUGCCGAUGAGCAGGAUAAAUACCAACAAGAAAAAAAUCCGUCAAAACUUAUCUUUUUCCCCGCUUGGGAAAGUUUAUGUUUAUAA